AUGGCAGAGUUGCCUUCGAAUCUCCGCGGGCUGCUGCAGCAGUUUGGCGGCAUGGGAGUCGGCCCCCCAAAUCGCGACCAACCGAUGGCAGACACGUCCGAGCAAGUGUAUAUUUCUUCCCUUGCUCUGCUGAAAAUGUUGAAGCACGGAAGGGCAGGAGUUCCUAUGGAAGUUAUGGGUCUCAUGCUGGGCGAGUUCAUCGACGAUUACACAGUUCGCGUCGUCGAUGUGUUCUCUAUGCCGCAGUCAGGCAACAGCGUCAGCGUCGAAGCCGUGGAUCCGGUCUACCAAACAGAGAUGCUGGAGCAGCUGAAGCGCACCGGCCGCCCCGAGAUGGUCGUCGGCUGGUACCACUCUCACCCUGGCUUCGGCUGCUGGUUUUCAGGAACGGAUGUGAAUACGCAGCAGAGUUUUGAGCAGCUGAACCAGAGAGCGGUGGGCGUCGUCGUGGACCCGAUUCAGUCCGUCAAGGGCAAAGUUGUUAUCGACUGCUUCCGCCUCAUCAAUCCUCAUCUUCUCAUGCUCGGUCAAGAACCCCGACAAACGACGAGCAACAUCGGGCACCUCCAGCGGCCCACAAUCUCGGCGCUGGUCCACGGCCUGAACAGGAACUACUACUCCAUCGUGAUCAACUACAGGAAAAACGAACUGGAGAACCAAAUGCUCAUGAACCUUCACAAGAACAAAUGGAACGAUGCUCUCAAACUCAAGCCGUUCGACGAAAUGGCCGCUGAGAGCGCAGCGUGCACCAAGUCGAUGAAGGAGCUGUCGGAACAGUACAACAAAGUGGUUCAAGAAGAACUCAAAAAGACGCCCGAGCAGCUGAUAGUCGAACGUGCCGGGAAGGUGGACGCCAAGAAGCGACUCGAAAACGAUGUCGAUACGUUGAUGACAGAGAACAUCCUUCACUCCCUGGGCACGAUGAUUGACACUCUGGUUUUUUAG